AUGACCCUUUCCCUGGUUCUCUCCACCCCAAAGUCUUUUGGAGACAUAGGACCGGUUCCAGGAUUUGGCACAAGCGGCGCUGUGGAGCCGAGCGCUGUUCCACUCUCCGGGACCCGCCUAAUCCCGGCGUGCACUGUGCAGCCCGGGCCGCGGGGUGGGGGGGCGUUGUGGGCGGCCAGGCCCGAGUUGGCGGCCCGGAAGCGCGAGUCCCUUAGGCGUGCAGGCAUUCUGCCGGGCGGGAACGCAGAGACCAUGGCUGAACCGGUUCCGUUACUACUGACGUUUGAGGACAUUGCUGUCUACUUCUCAGAGCAAGAAUGGCAGAACCUGGAGGCGUGGCAGAGGGAUCUUUACAAGCAUGUCAUGAGAGCCAAUUAUGAGAUUCUUGCCUCCCUAGGGGGCCAGCAGGCCGUGGAGGCUGGAGACAGUGAAGGCCAUUUCCCACCUGACCCCGGACGCACCCCUGGGAGACCCCACGGACAUCCAGCUGCCCGCUACUCCAGAGAGGCACUUGGGAGAGACGGAACCCUAGGUCACAUCUGCAGGGAGAGCCUUGCGGGGCAGAGCCUGGUGCAGGAGGCGCCCCCUUCCUGCGGGUCCAGCGGGGAGUGUGGCCAGGGGUUGCCCAGGCGGCUUGGUCUGGCGCGGCCCUCCCGUGGUGCGAGGGGCAGAAACCCGCAUCCCGAGAGUGGAUCACGGCUGGCCCCCUGGCGGCGGCUCUUGUGUUGCGCGCAGUGCGGCCUCGGCUUUGCUCAUCGCUGCCAACUGCGCGAGCACAGGCGCGUGCACAGCGGCGAGCGGCCUUCCCAGAGCACGCAGUGCUCCAAGACCUUCCUCUUUAAGGGCGUGCUGGUGACGCAUGAGCGUACGCACAGCCGUGAGCGGCCUUUUCCCUGCGGCCAGUGCGACAAGGCCUUUGCCAGGCGCUCCAAGCUCACGGAGCAUCUCCGUGUGCACAGCGGGGAGAAGCCCUUUCAGUGCCCCGAAUGCCGCCGCUGCUUUCGCCUGCACACGGGCGGGGUGCGGGCUGACCUGAGGACGCACCAGCGCCUACACGCCGGCGCCUUGCCCUUCACCUGCCAGUUUCGCCUGAAGGCGCAGCUACUCAGCCACCAAGGCCUGCACACCGAGGAGAGACACUUUAGCUGCUCGGAGUGCGGGAAGAACUUUCGGGAAGGGGGCCACCUGCUGAGGCACCAGCGCAUCCACCGGCCCGAGCGGCCCUUCUCCUGCGGAGCCUGCGGCAAGGGCUUCAUCUACAGGUCCAACCUGGCCCAACACAGCCUCAUGCACGCCAAGGCCGCCCCUGUGCCAAGUGAGCCGGAGGUUAAGAGAAGGCUCAGCCAGUUGUUUACAAAGAUUGAGGCCGACUGGAGUUGA